CUGGGAAAUUUCUAGGGCACUCAAUUUUGGAAUUGUACAAAUGGUGAACGCACUGUAUAGUGAGUAGUGAAGGAAUUGACACAGCAACCAAUUAAUCUAGCUGGAACAGCCGCCAUUUGGGAUGCUUUCAAUGACUUCAUAAUAAAGUUGUAAAUAGGAACAUCCAGUUUAAAACAGUAAAAAAAAAAAAAAUCGAGUUCUUGGUAAAAAUCAAACAAUAGGAUAUAAGACAAAAAGGCUCACUUAUAAAUUAUUCUACUGUUGAUUUAUUAUACCUAUGUGAAGAUUUCUGUAUAAAAAGUUUUGGUGUACAGAGUUUAAACGCACGAACAGACCUUGAACGCACCGCGCUCAGCACUAACUUCCGGUUCGUCGGAAAGUGUCGAUACAGUCUAUGGUCCGAACAUGUCCGCGUUGGUACGAAGGGUCGCGGCUCUGUCCGGAGCGUCCGCCGUUGGACUCGGAGCAUACGGAGCUCACGCUUUAUGAAACGGCCAACAAGUACCAUUUCUACCACAGCCUGGCCCUGCUGGGAGCCGCCCACUGCGGCAAACCCAUUGUGGCGGGAACCCUGCUAAUUGCAGGCAUGGGGAUGUUCUGCGGCCCUCUGUACCACCAGGCCCUCACAAAGGACCCCAGCCUGAGCAAGCUGGCUCCCAUGGGUGGGAUGGCGAUGAUCGCCGGCUGGCUCGCCAUGAUUCUCUGAAGUGUGACAGCUCGCAUCGUCUCCACGGGGCCAGCACGUGACACUAAGCUGUCAGACUUCUUAUGGAUGAAUUGGACAGCUGUAGCAGCAGCAGCAGCAGUUUUCUGAAGGGUAGAGCUGAGUUAUAAUGCCAACCGUCCAACUGCUGCCUGUCUCUGGGAAACGGAUGUCAGGAGGGGAUAAGGUCACAAAAGGAAUAUUACUCUUCUGCCAUUGCUGUCUGUUUAUGAUGGGCGCUCUUUGACGUCUGCGUUUUAUUGAAAAUGAACGUAGAUUGUUAUUUUUAACUUGAAGAUAUUUUAAUAGUUUUUUUUUUUUUUUUUUUUUUGAAAGGCGGACUCAUCUGGGCUUAAAGUGGAGAUAAAAAGUUUGGAUCAAUCUGUGCUCUUCAGGAUUAUUAUUUUUUUAUUUAUAAAUACAAAGUGAGAUAAAAUCAAAUCAAAAUUAUACAUUUUUUUGUUCUUUUUGCUUGUUUAGUUAAUGUUUAGAAUUCAUAAAUGUGUGAAUAAACCUACUUGUACUUGUAAAAA